UCCAAAGAAAUUGUUGGGACACCAAAACAAAGUAAGUUCAAGUAUUGGUCCUAUGGCAUUCCUCUCUUUAUCAAGCUUUUAUCCUCAGUUCCAUACACCACCACUGCUUUCCUUUCCCUCCCCCACUCCUACCAUCUCAAAACCGACCAUCUUCAACACUAAGUCCUUGUUCCUUAACUCAAACACAACCACCUCGUUGAAAUGCUUGCCCACACCACUUGAACUUGCUUCUCAUUGUGUUGAAGAGGAAGAGCAGCUUCUCCACCAUGUUUGGAGGAAGAUCCAUGGCUCUGACGACUGGACCGGCCUCCUCGACCCCAUGAACCCCCUCCUCCGCAGCGAGAUCAUCCGCUACGGAGAAUUCGCUCAGGCCUGCUACGACGCCUUCGAUUUCGAUCCCCACUCCAAGUACUGCGGCACUUGCAAAUACUCAGGCAACCACUUCUUCGACCGGCUCCACAUGCCGGCGGCCGGCCAUGGCUAUGAGAUCAGCCGCUACCUCUAUGCCACCUCCAACAUCAACCUCCCUAACUUCUUCCAAAAAAAGCGUCUACGCAACGUGUGGAGCACCCAUGCCAAUUGGAUGGGUUACAUCGCCUUUGCCACAGAUCCUCUAGAGAUUGCUCGGCUUGGCCGGCGUGACAUCGUCAUCGCAUGGCGAGGCACCGUCACGUACCUCGAGUGGAUCCAUGACCUCAAAGACAUCCUAACGCCGGUGUACUUCGGCGACGAUCCCUCCAUCAAGGUGGAGUCCGGCUUCUUGGAUUUGUACACCAUGAAGGAGCACCGGUGCAACUACUGCUCCUUCUCAGCCAGAGAACAAGUGCUCGCUGAUAUCAAAAGAUUAGUAGAAAGAUUCAGCGGCGAAGAGCUUAGCAUUACGGUCACCGGGCACAGUCUGGGAGCGGCGCUAGCUUUGCUCAGUGCUUACGAUAUCGCGGAGAUGGGGCUAAAUAUUAGAGAAGACGGGGAGAUGAUACCGGUGACGGUGUUCUCCUUCUCGGGGCCGAGAGUUGGGAAUCUGAGGUUCAAAUUGCGAUGCGAGGAGCUGGGGGUGAAGGUGCUGAGGGUGAUCAACGUGCAUGACCGGGUGCCGAGCGUGCCGGGGAUAAUUGCGAACGAGAAGUUCCAAUACCAGAGGGUGGUGGAGGAGGUGAUGUGGUUCCCGUGGAGCUACGCGCAUGUGGGGGUGGAGCUGGCGUUGGAUCACAGGGAGUCGCCGUUCCUGAAGGAGAGUGGGGACGUGCGGUGCGUGCAUAAUUUGGAGGCGCAUUUGCACCUGGUGGAUGGGUAUCAGGGGAAGGGGAGGGGGUUCGAGUCGGCGGGGGGGAGGGACGUGGCGCUGGUGAACAAGAGCUGCGACUUCUUGAGGGAGGAGCUGGGGGUGCCGCCGAGGUGGUGGCAGGAUGAGAACAAGGGGAUGGUGAGGGGGGAGGAUGGGCGGUGGGUGGUGCCGGAGAGGCCAAGGGUGGAGGCGCAUCCGCCGGACACGGCUCACCACCUCGACAAGGUGCUCAAGGGUGGGAGGCCACCGCGCUUGGAAUCCCGUUAGUUCUCUCUCCCAUCAUCGUAUCAUGGUUCCAUUUUAGUUAUCUGCUGAUGGAAUGAUAGCCGAGCUGAAGUUCCACCAUAUGAUGGUGUUUGUUUUUUUGUUUCCCCCCUAAAAAUGGAAAAGAAAAGAAUAGUUACUUUAUUAACAAUAGUAGGAUAAUUAUUGAUCUUAGGCUAUCUUAGCCCGCAUCUCUGCAAUUACAUUAACCAAAUGAUUGGCUACAUGAUUUGAUUU